AUGUGUCAAGAUUUGAGGAAAUUGUUUUGGUGGCCUGGUAUAAAGAAAGAGAUUGCGAAAUUUGUGUAUUCGUGUUUGAUUUAUCAGAAACCGAAGAUUGAGCAUCAGAAGUCGUCUGGUUUGUUACAACCGUUAUCUAUUCCUGAAUGGAAAUGGGAUAGUAUUUCUAUGGAUUUUGUUUCUGGUUUACCUAGGACUCCGAGUAAUUGUGAAGCUAUUUGGGUUAUUGUGGACAGGUUGACGAAAUUUGCUCACUUUAUUCCGAUUAAAAUGGAUUAUCCGAUGGAGAGGCUUGCAAAGCUGUAUAUUGAGAAAAUUGUCAGUUUGCAUGGUAUUCCGUCUAGCAUUGUGUCAGAUAGGGAUGUGAGAGAGAAGAUGAAGGUUUCUCAGAGUCGUCAUAAGAGUUACCAUGACAAGAGAAGGAAAGCACUUGAGUUUGAGGUAUAUGAUCAUGUGUUUUUAAGAGUUACUCCGAUAACGGGUGUUGGUCGAGCAUUGAAGUCGUGUAUGUUGACGCCGCGUUUUAUUGGUCCAUAUCAGAUUUCCGAGAAAGUAGGUGAUGUGACUUAUCGGAUUAUGUUGCCGUCGUCACUUGCUAAUCUCCACGAUGUGUUUCACGUGUCUCAAUUGAGGAGAUACAUUGCGGAUCCUUCGCAUGUUAUCCAAUUAGAUGAUGUGCAGGUUAGAGAUAAUUUGACCGUGGAGACAUUACCUAUGCGGAUAAAAGAUAGAGAGGUGAAACAACUCCGUCGUAAAGAGUUUGCUUUGGUGAAAGUCGUUUGGGGAGGACCGGCUGGUGGAAAUGUGACGUGGGAGCUUGAGAGUCAGAUGAGGGAUUCAUAUCCCGAGUUGUUUGCUUGA